UUAUCACAGUGUGCUUCAAUAGACAUGAAACACUGGACCACAACCAUUCUGCUACAAACAACAUCCAAUACAACCCCAAAUCUGAACACGUUGGCUUGUAAAAUAAGUGAAUGGGAUAGAAAAAAAAUCAAAUGAAUUCAAGUUUUAGUUUUUCCCCGGUCUUUUAAAGCACCCUCAUAAUUUUGCAGUCAGAAGUGGCGCCCAUUGCAAUAAGAGCUCUGUCCGUAGCCCUGUUUGUAAUCACUGCAUGUACACGGCAUGCAUACGGCCUGGGAAUGGCCGUGGGUGCAUAGAUUAGAUCAUGGUUAAUAAAAAUUCUUCUAAAAGGGGACUACGCUGUAGUACGAAUAACUUUAUAGUAGUUAACAGUUAGGGCAUAUUUAUGUCCUCCUUUAGAGCUACAAUUAAGAGACCACCAAUUCUGAACAAACACUAUAAAUGUACCCACAUGCAAUCUCAAUUAAGAGACCAGCAAUUCUGAACGAACACUAUAAAUGUAUCGACAAUCUCCGGCCUCUUCCUGUCACAAUUUUUGACUUCAAUUUUCUUAAAGCAGGGAUUUAAUGGCGGACGAAGUUACCAAGACUGUAAAACGAGUGUGUGUGACUGGAGCAGCGGGAUACAUUGGAUCAUGGUUAGUCAAAAAUCUUCUGGAAAGGGGCUACAACGUUAACGCCACCCUUAGAGACCCAGGAGACGAGAAAAAAUCUGGGCCCUUGUUGGAGCUGCCGGGGGCAGAGGAAAGGCUUAAGCUCUUUAGAGCUGAUUUAUGUUUAGAGGGCAGCUUUGAUUCUGCUGUGGAGGGCUGUCAUGGAGUUUUUCAUGUGGCAGGUCCUAUGGACUUUAAAAAAACUAAUCUGGACGAUUUUAUUGUCCCUGCUGUAAAUGGAGUACACAAUGUUAUGAAAGCCUGCAUAAGAGCUAAAACUGUUAGACGUGUAAUUUUCACUUCGUCAGUCUUAGCUGCUUCGCCAAUGAAUGACAAGGGAGAAUUCACGCACACAUGCCUUGAUGAAAGGUGUUGGAGCCCCCAAAAUUUCCUUAAAUCUCAGACGACUAAGUUUGCUUGGUAUACGAUAGCUAAAUCAUUAGCAGAACAGGAGGCCCUUAAAUAUGGGCUUGAUAAUAACAUUGAGGUGGUGAGCAUCCUACCAGCUGUGGUGAUUGGGCCUUGGCUUACAGCUAAAAGUUCUUUGACAUCUGCUCAAACUAUAUUAGCUCUCAUUGGAGGAAAUGAUUCAUUUUAUGAAUUGCUCAAGUUUCUCGAAUUCAUGCUGGGAUCUAUACCAAUUGCUCAUAUUGAUGAUACUUGCAAUGCCCACGUUUUCCUAAUGGAACAUACUGAUGCUCAAAGUCGUUAUAUUUGUGCAUCUGAUUCUUUGAGUCUGAGGUCUCUUAAAGAUUUCGUUGCUAAACAUUAUGUACGACUCGAGAAUUCUCUCAAGUUGAAUGAGGAUGAUGGAGUUAAGAAAUACCUGCCUGUUUCUUCAAAGAAAUUGUUGGAUAUGGGUUUCUCUUACAAAUAUCAGCUACCUGAAGCUUUUAAGGAGACCAUGGAAUGUGCCAUAAAGAAUGGACUGUUUGAAGUUGUGUUGAAUAAAUAAAAUAUCUAGAAUAGGAAAAAUAUUUAUCAGGGUUUUUUAAUUCUGUUGCAGAAUAUUUUGCUCUGGUGGUUAAGUUUGGGCCUGCGGCCGUCUUCAAUGCUUCUGCCACCUAUACUCUGCACCAUUUUGACCUACAGGGCUUAUUGUAAGGUGCUUCCUACUGUAAUUACUUAUUAAUAUUU